CCCAAUUUAUAUCAUUCACCUACAAAAAAUUUGUGCAAACCGCUUAAUUUUUCGUCGUGCCAACCUCUUUUGCCACAAGAAAAAUCCUAUAAUCCUGCAGUGUACAACCAUGGUUUCCGACCGGGGGCAGUCUAAGAAUGUGUGCGUGAUUGGUGCUGGACCGUCAGGUCUGGUGGCGGCGAGGGAGCUAAGGAAGGAGGGUCACACUGCGGUGGUUUUGGAGCAAAACCAUGAUAUAGGUGGCCAAUGGUUGUAUGAGCCUCAUGUAGACAUUGAGGACCCUUUAGGAAGGAACAAAUUUCUAAACGUUCAUAGUAGCAUUUAUGACUCUCUAAGGAUUGCGUCUCCCAGGGAGAUCAUGGGGUAUACUGAUUUCCCAUUUUUGGUGAAGAAAGGCAGGGACAUGAGGAGGUUUCCUGGUCAUAAGGAACUUUGGUUGUACCUAAAAGAUUUUUGCGAGUGGUUUGGGUUGAAAGAAAUGAUCAGGUUUAAUACCAGGGUGGAGUAUGUGGGAAUGUUGGAUUAUGGUGAGUUUGGGAAAGAUCUAAAAUGGGUUGUGAAGAGCAAGGAAAAGAAUGCUGAGAAAGUGGUGGAGGAGGUCUUUGAUGCUGUGGUUGUGGCCACUGGCCAUUACUCUCAGCCUAGGUUGCCCUGCAUUAAAGGAAUGGAUGCAUGGAAAAGGAAGCAAAUGCACAGUCACAUUUACAGAGUUCCCGAGCCAUUUCGAGAUGAGGUGGUGGUGAUAGUUGGGAACUCGCAAAGCGGACAAGAUAUCUCAAUGGAGAUUGUGGACGUAGCAAAGGAAGUCUACCUCAGUGCCAGAUCCCUUGAUGUUACUGAGGGUUUAUCGAAAGUCAUUUCCAAGCAUCAAAACUUGCAUCUUCACCCACAGAUGGAGUCCCUUCAUGAAGAUGGACGGGUUCAAUUUGAGGAUGGUUCCUGUGUCACAGCUGACACUGUCAUAUAUUGCACAGGGUAUUCAUACACAUUCCCAUUCCUUGACACCAAAGGAAUAGUAGUUGUUGAUGAUAACAGAGUGGGACCUCUUUUUGAGCACACUUUUCCCCCAUCACUUGCUCCUUCCCUGUCCUUUAUAGGAAUUCCAAGAAAGCUGAUAGGGUUCCCUUUCUUUGAGUCACAAGCAAAAUGGAUAGCUGAAGUGCUUUCAGGGAAAAAAAGCUUGCCAUCAUGGGAUGAUAUGAUGCAGUCCAUUAAGGAGUUUUAUCACUCAAGGGAACUUGCUGGCAUUCCAAAGAGAAACACCCACGACCUUGCAGAUUUCGAGUAUUGUGAUAAAUAUGCAGAUUACAGUGGAUCUCCACAUUUGGAAGAAUGGAGGAAACAGCUGUGCAUAUCAGCCUUGGUAAAUUCAUUUUCCAACUUGGAGACUUACAGAGAUUUAUAUGAUGAUCAUGAGCUGCUUCAGGAGGCUCUCCAAAGUCCUCAUUUCACUCAACUUGGGGAUGAUGCUUUGGCUCUGUAAUUAAAAAAGAAAAAGAAAAAAACCACCCUCUUUGCUUUUGUUUUGGACCACUUAUUAUUUGAUUAUCACAAGCACUUUUGUCAUCGGGUAGGGGUCCCUGGGCGGACAUUGAAGCUCAAAAAUUAUAUGAUGGGGGAGAGAUGUUUGAAAUAUUUGUUUGUUUUCCAUUCCUUGUUUUGAUUUUUCAACUUAGUUGUAAGGUUAUAUUGUUCUUAAAAAUGUGUAGUUUGUUUUAUUGUAUGGAGGCAUAUUGAUUGGUUAAAUAUGUAUAUCUUUCAUGCAAUUCGUAAUGGCAAAUUGUACUGUUAAAGAAAA